AUGUUGGUUCUAUACGAGACUUCGUUGGGUUACUGUCUGUUCAAAGUAACAGACACCGCGAAAAUUGAGAGUGCGGACCUAUGGGAGGAAUUUGAGACACCAGAAAAGGCGAAUAGACUCUUGAAGUUGAAAGCCCUGCAUCGGUUCACCUCCACUGCCAUUGCGGUAGAGGAAAUCAGUGCGCUUCAAAAUGGCAAGCUUGGGAAGGGGUUGAAACAGUUUCUCUCCGAUGAGAUUGUUGGAAAGGGUAAAGGAAAACAGUCUCUAGCAGUGGUCGACAAGUCACUUGCACACUCGAUUGGCAAGAAGCUUGGCAUUAAAGUCAUUGCCGACGAGCAGAGAAUGGACCUCUUUCGGGGUAUUCGUAGCCAAUUAACUGCGCUCAUGGACGGCUUGGACCCGAAGGAUUUGGCAACGAUGAGUUUGGGCUUGAGUCAUUCAUUGUCGCGAUUCAAGUUAAAGUUCUCGCCGGACAAGGUUGACACUAUGGUCGUACAAGCCAUCGCGUUAUUGGAUGAUUUGGACAAGGAAAUCAACAUAUACGCAAUGAGAGUGAAGGAGUGGUACGGUUGGCAUUUCCCUGAGAUGGCAAAAAUCAUCGUAGACAACUUAGCUUAUGCCAAGGUCGUAAAGCUCAUGGGCUUCCGGACGAAUGCUGCGAGCACCGACUUCGCUGCCAUUCUCCCAGAGGAUCUCGAGGCUACCGUGAAGGCCGCGGCUGAGAUUUCAAUGGGCACGGAGAUAUCUGACUCCGACAUUGCACAUAUUCAUUCACUGUGUGACCAGGUCAUCUCCAUUACCGCGUACCGCACACAGCUGGCAGAGUACUUGCGCAACCGUAUGAAUGCCAUUGCGCCCAAUUUGACCGCCUUGGUUGGCGAACUCGUUGGUGCUCGAUUAAUCAGCCAUGCCGGCAGUCUACUUAACCUGGCAAAACAACCAGCAAGCACGGUCCAGAUUCUUGGAGCGGAGAAGGCGCUGUUCCGUGCGCUGAAGACAAAACAUGACACACCCAAGUACGGGCUGAUUUACCAUGCUUCCCUCAUCGGGCAAGCCCCACCAAAACUCAAGGGAAAGAUGGCUCGCAUGGUCGCUACGAAGGCCGCCCUUUCAAUACGCGUGGACGCGCUGACUGACGCAGACGGCAAGUCGGAACCAAUGGCACCCUCAAUAGGUAUCGAGAACCGUGCCAAGCUGGAGGCUCGUCUGCGCAAUCUGGAGCUGCAGGGCGACUCAGCCGGCAUUCGUUCAGUCUCUAAUGGCCGAACUCAAUCUCGAUUCCAGAUGACUGGCGAGACGAAAACAUACAACACUGCUGCGGACGCGGUGGAUAUGGUGCCCACGCAGCGUGAGCCUGUGCUAGCGGCGGCGCAGGCGGUGCUGGAUGUUGAUGCGGAAAAGAAGAGGGCGAAGGAGGAGCGGCGAGCGAAGAAGAAGGCGGCAAAAGAGGCGAAGGAGCGACAAGAGCAGGAGGCUGGUGAGGCACUGGAGAGUGGGCAUGCGGCACCGACGGACGUUGAUGGCGAGGUAGAAGAGAGCAGAGAGGGGAAGAAAGAGAAGAAGCGGAAGCGGAGAGAGAGCGCGGUGGAUGGAAAAAACGGGGAGGAUAAAGAGACGGAUGAGACAGAUACAGAACGGAAGGCGAGGAAGAAAGCACGGAAGGCAGAGAAGGCGGCAGCUGCAGCGGCGGCGGAGCAAGUGAACGGGGAGCCAACGAAGAAGAAACGGAGAAAGUCCGAGUGA